AUGAAUCCUCAGCCAUUGAAACCCAACCAGCUAAAAACCACCCUCCCCCGCCUCCUCGCCUUCACCGUCCUCUUCCUCGCCGUCCACUUUGCCUACGUCACCACCAUCUCCAACCAGUCCUGCGGCCACAACGAUUUCUGCUUCUUCCCCCAACCGCUCUUUCUCCCAAACCACCCCCAUCGAAUCGCCGCCAUUACUUCGCCACGUGUCUCCGAUCUCUGGACGACCAAGAAGUGGCGCAGAGCAGCGGAUUACUACUCCGAAAUCUUCCAAGAUCUCAUCGCCGAGGGCUUCCUCGCCCCCAGUUCCAGCGCCCUCUGCAUCGCGACCCACGCCGGAGAAGAAGUCCAGGCGCUUAAAGAAAACGGCGUCGUUAAUUCUAUUGGAAUCUCCGACGACGACGCUUCUCCGCCGUUGAUCCUCCCCGGUCUCCCCCAUCGCCAGCCAUUCGAUGAUUCCACAUUCGACUUCGAAUUCUCCGCCAACGGGUCGCUGGACCGGUCGGGUCGGCCCGCGGAUUUCGCCGACGAGGUCUGCAGGACCCUCAAACCCGGCGGGUUUUUCGUCGCCCAAAUCUUCGCUAAAGACAAUUACAGCUUCAAUUCCUUUCUCGACUUGUUCAACUGCUGCCGUGUCCUCCGCACUCGUGACGUCGAGGGCGUCGAUACGACGUCGGUUCGGGAAGUCGUUCUCAGAAAAGAGACGCAGUUUCAAAACCCUAGAAAAUUGGGGCUCCGUGGCAAUUUAGCUAAUAAAUGCAUAAUUCCGGGGUAUAAGCGGGAAUUUGCACAAAAAGCAGAGCCCUUGAUAGAGGAGGAGCCACUGAGGCCGUGGAAAGCUUGGAAGAGAAACAAGAGGAAGGUCAAGUACUUGACUUCAAUGGCGGACAUUAGCUUUAAGCAGAGGUAUGUUUAUAUUGACAUGGGGGCUCGUGGAUAUGAGUCUAGUGUAGGAAGCUGGUUCAAGAAGCAGUACCCAAAACAGGGGAGGAGCUUUGAGGUUUAUGCAAUGGAGGCUGAUAGGGUUUUUCAUGAGGAGUACAGAGAUAAAGAAGGGGUUAGUCUUGUGCCUUAUGCGGCUUGGGUGAGGAAUGAGACGUUGUUCUAUGAGAUUACGUGGGGUUCGAAAGGGAGUAGUUUUUCGAGUUAUAAGAAUCAUAAGAUUAGGGGGAUUGAUUUUGUGGAGUGGUUGAAGAGGAGUGUUUCGGAGAGGGAUUUCGUGGUGGUGAGGAUGGAUGUGGAGGGGGGUGAGUUUUAUUUGGUUCCGAGGUUGAUUGAGAGUGGAGCUAUUUGCUUGAUUGAUGAGGUUUUUAUGGAGUGUCAUUACAAUAAGUGGUAG